CACGAGCAUGCAGCACUGAUUAUACACCUUAGAGACCAACUUUGCAUUGUCUUUAAUUUAACAUCAACGAUUACCAGUCAAGUACGAUCGUCAUCCGAAGUUUACAAUGAUAGAGCCACGGAUGACAAGCAUGUAUGUGAACUGACGGGAGAUCCGAUCAAUUGCGCCCUGUUUCAACGGCUGUACUACAUGUGGUCAUUGGCACUUCCCUACGUUGUUGUUCCGGGCCAAGCGUUGGCAGAUCGAUGCUGCUGUGAAGGUAUGGAGAGGGGACGGAUAUAUGCUUCAGUACCGUUCGCCAAUGUCUCUACCGGUGGCCGCGAGCAUGUGCUUGUCUCACAACCUAGCAUGGAGCGCAAGUCGGAUGCGCCCAUAUCUCAUCUAGCCGCAAUGCCUUCAGCUCCGGCAGUCCCAAUACUGCCGCUUCUCCGGAUAGCCAUGUGCAUCUAUAUGAUUCGUCUUACCGGGCACACUCACAACGGUCCAAACCGUGCAAAGGCCUUGCAUUUCUUUGGCAUUGGAUGUCACUAACUGCUAACGGAGACAUCUUUCUUCCAGAUGGCUACUCGUUAUUGUC